AUGGAAGUACAACUGUCUGCCAUCACAACCCUAGUCCGGUACUAUGACUCUUUGCUAAGGUGUUUCACCUUCCAGGACUUCCAGCUGGCGCCAACUAUAGAAGAAUUUGAGCAUAUCUUGGGCUUUCCACUAGAGGGUACCUCACCAUAUCAGCACUUGGAGCAUCAUGCCUCCAUUCCUACCAUUGCUGCCAUUAUGAAGUUGCACCCAAAAGAUUUAGAAGAAAAGAUGGUAACAAGGAAUCAAGUGCGUGGGUUGACACAAGGAUAUCUUGAACUAUAUUUACAUCAUCUGGCUGAUAAGGAAGAGUGGGAGGCUUUUAUGGAUGUGUUAGCUCUCACCAUCUACGGCAUCGUUUUGUUCCCCAAAAUAGAAGACUUUGUGUAUUACACCACUAUUGAUGUCUUCGUGGCAAAAAAGACGAGAUCAGAGAACCCUGUAACAGUAGUCCUCGCAAAUGUGUAUGGGACCAUGAGUUUUUGCCAUGAGAGAAAGGGGAAGAAAAUUUUGUGUUGCUUGCCGGCAUUGUAUGCAUGGAUGACCGCAUGCAUGUUUAAAGGGCCAGUUGAUGUCAGGUAUCCAUCGGAGGAUCUGUCGCACCAAGGGCUUAAAGGCAAAGGGGGCAAUGAGUGGGCCCAAUUCUUGGUUGGUUUGAAUGAAUGGAAGGUAAAGUGGCGUCUUCCUUGGCUAGAGAUGAAACCAUCUAUCCAACAUUGUGGCGACUUUCCUAACGUACCUCUCACAGGCGCUAGGUAUUGUAUUAACUACAACCCUGUUUUGGUCCAAAGACAGUUUGGAUAUCACAUGAAGGGGGCGCCUUCACCAGAUUAUCUCACAGCCUUCUUCAUCUACCAUGAGGACAGACAUUGUACUGAAAUGUUGAGGAGAGUCAGAAGUGCCUGGGAAAAUGUGGUGCGAGUAGAGAAGGACCUGAGGAGUGGGGCGAUGGAUAACAGGGUUAGUUAUCAUACUUGGAUUCUGGAGAGGGUAAGAGAAGUCAAGUUGCCUUUCGAGCCCAUCAAUGAUCAAUCAGCGAGUGAAGGACCAUCCCAAGCCCCAGAAAGUGAAGAGGUGAAACAGCUGAAGGUUGAGAUGGAGAAAUUGAGGGUGAGGAAUGCUAGGUUGGAAAAUGAAUUACAGAAGGCUCGCAAUGAUUUUGUGGAUAUGAGGAAUGAUAACGAAGAAAAGUCACGGGCUUAUGAAAACAUUGUCAAAAGCCAGAAGGCCGAGAGAGAUUAUACAUUCCGAGUAAAACAGGAUCUUGCAGCCGCAAGUAAAGAGUUAUCCAUGAGGGUGAAUGAGAAUAAUGUGGCUUUAGAAGAAGGCAGACAGUGGAAACAACUCUAUGAGGAAGCCAAGAGGGAUAAAAGGGAAGCCCUAAAAAGACUAAGGGAAGCGCAAGUCCAAGUGCAAGAAUCGGGGCAUCAAAUGAAGGAAAUGACUACAUCAUUUGAAGCGGAGUUGAAUCAGGAGCGUUGGAAGUUGGCAGAGGCUGAAGGGGAGUAUCGAGCCAUGUUAAAGCAGAUGGAGGAUUACAUCGAGGAGUAA